UGUCUGUGUGUGUUUGAGGCUGUGUAGGGGGGGGGGGGGUCCGCCUGAUGUCAUUUGGCAGAAGGGGAGGCACAGCUAGUGGUGGGCACACGGGUGGAAAGCAUAACAAUAACGGCGCCGAUUCAUCGUUCAUGUUGGGGCGUUUAAACUCGCAGUGUUUUUAAAGCGUCUGGCUGUGGUCGGGAGCGAGAGAAGAGGAGGGCAGCUGGCUGGCUAAUGGGCUGAAAGUACCAGAUGCUAUUGCAGCAGAGAAGGAGAAGAGACUCUCUUCAGCGAGACAGGGUGAUGGGUUCUCGUUUUCCUGACGGGUAACCGUGAACCGACGCUCGAAACGCGGAUAUUUCGGAGAGUGGGAACUCGCUCCGCAUCCCCUGGACUUCAGUAGGUGUGACAUUGAGUGUGAAAUGCCGUCGAGCAGCCUCUGGGCCGCAGCUCGGCUCAUCGAGCCCGAAUCUGGGAAAUAGCUAGCUAGCUGUCUGCUAGCAGCAGCUGUACCCGAUGCUGCUGCUGCUGCAGCGGCUGCUCCUAAGCGGAUCCGUACCACAACACAACCAGUCCGGGGCCUCAGCGCAGAGUGAGCCUUUGUUUUACAUUACUGGACUUCAGCGGGGCUUUUGAGAUGUGAUGCUUUUGUGCGUCACGUCAGAGCCUUUUGUAGCUGGAGGCUCUCGCUUGCUUGACGCGAAGGGGCUAACAUUGCUGCAAAAUGCACAGCAGACCCUCAACAGCGGGCUCCUGUUGAAGGGGGCGAGGUUGGACAGAUAACAGCCCACCCCGAGUCUCUCUGAACAGCCGGAGGGGGGUCCCGUUUGGACAACCACUACCACGUUUCCCCCUGCGCCGAAACUCGCCGCUUCUUCUCCAGGCGACAUGGAUAAACUGACGAUUAUUUCAGGAUGCCUGUUUCUGGCUGCAGAUAUCUUUGCAAUAGCCAGCAUUGCAAACCCAGACUGGAUCAACACUGGUGAAUCAACAGGCGCCCUUACGGUCGGUCUUGUCCGGCAGUGUCAGACCAUACACGGACGAGAGCGGAUCUGUAUCCCGCCACGACUGCCCCCUGAGUGGGUCACUACGCUCUUCUUCAUCAUCAUGGGCAUCAUAUCCCUCACAGUCACCUGCGGACUGCUAGUUGCAUCGCAUUGGCGCAGAGAAGCCACCAAAUAUGCCCGCUGGAUUGCCUUCACUGGCAUGAUUCUGUUCUGCAUGGCAGCGCUCAUCUUCCCAAUAGGCUUCUACAUCAACGAGGUGGGAGGUCAGCCAUAUAAACUGCCCAACAACACGGUGGUGGGCUCCUCGUACGUUCUGUUUGUCCUCUCCAUCUUCUUCACCAUAGUGGGACUGCUGUUUGCAGGAAAAGUUUGCCUCCCAGGCUGAGAACUCCUCCACCCUGGCCUCGGGACUGACUCUGGAGGCUCUGAAAGUAUUAUGGGAAUUCCAAAUCUACAGACUGAAAAUCAAAAAACGACAAACUUUUGCCCUCAAAACCCGAGACGGGGAAGGCGAUGCUUACGUUUCAAGGGACCGCAGCUCCACAGAGAACUACUUAGAGAUGAAUAAAUGAACAAAACACUAAAAGGAGACAUGAGCACAACAGGGUGGAGGCUGUCGCAGUUCCCUGCAGUUCACUGCUGAUUUUAGAUACAGCCGAUUCUCUUUCUCCCUCUGUGUUGUCGCUCUGAUAGAACGGGUGCUUAAUGUGCCACUGUCAUGGCAGCCGCAGUAACAACGAUGGCACACAUCUCCGAAGGACCACUACAACCACUCCUCGACUUGAUUUCCAACCGCCCGUCAGCACACAUUUGCUUUGUCAUGGCCGCUUCUGUUGCUAUUUAUAGCUUCUCUGUGCUAUUUUCAGUUUUCAGUUUUUUUUUCUGUACAAUUCCUUCUUCUUUCCUUCUUCCAGGUCCCACCACUCUCCGCUGAGGCAGUGUUAUUGAGGUUAUUGAGGUUCACUGAACUGAAUCCUUUAAACGGAAUCGGGUGAAGUGUCUUUGUCUGCCAUAUUGCACGGGCCCAGGUGUGUAGCCGAGGAGAGCUGCUGUUACGGCACACACUUUCAGCCUGCUGUGGAUGAGACAUAGAUGCAGGUGUGCUUCCUCUUCAUCUUAUCCAGCCUGGUAGGCUACCAGAACAGGAGGUCAAGCAUCAUAAAGGGGAAUGCCACUCAAUCCAAGACCAUGCAUAAUGUUAUUUCUGCAGGCAGCAAAGUAAUAGUUAGACAUCUCAGUUAAACUGGUCAUUCUCUUGCACAGCUUCAACUAUCAGCCGUUUGAACAUGAACUCACCUCUUAUAUUUAUGGCAACAUUUACAGCGAACAAAAUCUUCUCUAAGGUUGUAAAUCUGUGCAGCAUUGAGAUGGACCCCUAUAAUCUUGACAGUACGGAUUUAUUUUUUUUUUCAAUAAAAGAUUAUGAAAACAUGUAAAAGCUGAUAUUAAGUGGUAUUCUCCUUUAACUUUUGAUGAUGGAUAAAACGUGAGCCAGGGAAGGUUUUUCUGAUCUUGUUUGGUAUGACAGUGAAGGCACUGGGACUGCAGGUCAGAUCCAUGCAUGGCGCUGUGCCUCGUAGUGCUGCUCGGCAGGUCUGUGAACGCAACACACACAAACACACCUUCACGCUGUCCGCACUGAAGCUGCAACAGUUGGUUUUGCUUCCAUUACAACCCAAAAAAAAUUAGUUUUCAAAAAUGCUUAAGAAGAUUCUACUUUUUCCUGUUUUUUUACAAAAGAAUUCACGCCUCUAGAAACUUCAGUGUUGUGUUGGGGAGACUUUAUGUGAAAGACGAACACACACAGGCAUAGUGGUGAAGUAGAAGGUUCAGCUUUAAUGUCCCUGCUGAUUAAAAGCUUCUCACCAUAACAAUACUGCCACUGCCAUGUCUUACAGUGGUUGUGGAUGAGUAUUAAGGCUUGGUGUCAUGCUGUCCUGUGAACGUCUACUCAGGUCACUUGUCUUUUGCACCCUCUAAGUGACUUCCCUCUUGAUUUUUCUUUAUUUAGUCUGUCUUCCCAUCAUCUAUCACCUACUUCCAUGUCCCAGCUGAAGAAAAGCUUCCCCCUUGUUAUCUUUGGGGUGGUGUGUUCAGGGUGUUGGUUUUCCACAACGACCAAUGUUUCCAUGUAGCCUGAAAAAAAUAAAUUUUGAUCUCAUUCAACCGGAAUUCCUUGCUGCAAGUGUUUGCUAACUGGAGACGAUUUAAAAAAAAAAAGUUCAAGAGAUAAGAACACCUUUGCAAAACGUGUGCUCUUCUCCUCCUAGUAGGUUUUAAAUGAUUAAGUCCAACUUUAUCCUUUUGUUACAUUUUAUGUGUCUUUAGUUAUUAAAUUGAAAACAGAAAAUUUCUCAACUUGGUUUCAUAUAAAAUACUUUCACACUGCAGCCUGAAACUUUCUAGGCAUCUGUCAAGAGUUGCAUGUGAGAUAACACGUCUCCGUUCGCCGCAACAGCUUUCUUUGUCAGCAGUGUUCAAACGUGUGAAUAUAACAAGCUAUUAUUGAGAGAGAAAAAAAGCGGCGCGAGCGUGGAUAUUAAUCAAUAUUAAUAUUUGAUUCUAAUGCAAAAAUCGUAUAUAUUUUAAGCUCUUUUUUAAAACAUCACAUUCAGUUUUAUUGUUGGACUUUCUGCUUCCGCUACCUUUCCUCAGCUUAAGUUUAUUCUGGGCUUCCAUUUGAGUAUUUUACUAAACUUGGAGUGUCUGUCAGGAAGAGCCAUUGCAGUUGAACUCAAGUCGUACUACAUCCUUAGACUAAUGCAAACACAGAAUUUCUCACCUCAUGUGGCUUUUAUUUAUGGAUCUGUGUCGCAUUAAAAACAACAUUAAACUCUGAGUAGUCGUUAGGUUAAAUAAUGUAGAAUAGAUAAACGGCUGAUAUCUGUUGAGACGGGUUCAGCAUGUGGUAGGGCUGAUCAAGUACAGAAUUACAAAUAGACAUAAAAUUACUCAAACAACAAACCACUAUAACUCUCAUUAUUUUUCCAUGUUCUGCUUAGGUAAAUACAGAUAAAAAUUUGUUUUCUACACCCGGAAUGUAAUAAAAGCUUUUUAAAAUGUGAGCCUAUAAAAAUAGCGUGUCCCUAAAACCAAACAAAAAAGUUUUUCCGUUCUUUACAAUGAAGUUCACAGUGAAAUAAGACGAGGAGGAAUGUAUUUGUUGACGCAGCUUUCUGCCUGUGUGAUGCAACACUUUUUAGGCUGUUUUCCUUGAAAUCUAGCAAUAUUUUCCUGUUGGGUUCUUGGAGAUUAUAUACAGCCAACUAUAUUUUUACCCCUGUCAGAUUUAGAUUUAUGUUCUUUCUUGUUGCUUGAUUCCACUUCUUAUUUUGGGCCAUUCAUCUUUGGUGAUGAGCUCCAAGUUUUUGACAUUAGAAAGCCUCUUUAUCAGCACCCUAAUUUUUAGCGUCCUCCACAGAUUCUCUAUUGGAGAGAAACAUGCCCAUAUUUCUUACAAUCAGAAGAAACAUUAGACAAAUAAAAACAACAAAAAAACGUAAAGCCUAAAUCUUCUAUUUAAUUGGAAGCAAAUUAACUACAUUUUAGAGUUGCACUGUACAGUAUAUUAAACUAUAGUCACCAAUGCAAUAGCAAUGUGUGCAUUGUUGUAGUUACAAAGGACUGCCUGUUUGCAGAAUUUGGUAGGAAAAGCUAUUUAAAGACCCGUGUCUGAAGUUUCUGUUUACCAAAAAAAAAAAAAAAAUCGGUUGGGCUGCUGGGAAUACUUUUAUUACCAUUGAUGCUCACACUGAGAUGUUAAAGGUUACAAAGAAAGACAGAAAAUGUGGGCUAAUCAUCAUUUAUAUUGUCAACACAAUAUUUAGCACUAGAUUCUCAGGCGUAUUUAAAUGUAAAAAAAAUUAUUUUUAGGGGGAAAAAAAAAACCCAAAAUGCCUUUUUCAGUGCAAAAAAGCCCUUUCUGUUUCUAAACUUCAGGAUAAAUCAGGAUGGGUUGUUAUAAUUUCAGCUGUAAGCAAAACAAACUAGACUAUGAGUUAUUUUCUGUAAUCAACAACCCUAAUAACAGGACAGCAGGUGCAUAUUUCUACAUUCGCCGACUUUUCAAGUGAUUAAUACGUUCAUUUUAUCCUGUUAAAGUUUUUCUUACGUGCUCAUUAAUCAUUGCAUUUACAAACCUUUGCUCUGUCUUGCCUAAACAUGCUUGCCCAUGUUUCUAUCUCGGACAUUGGAGUGAUUACUAUACGUUUCAAACUGAAGCUUCUUCCUCACCCAGACGCUGAUCAUCUACCAUCAAAUCACUGUUUGGAUAGUAGAUGGCUUCCUCCUCACUAAAGUUGUUUAUUUCUCUUCCAUUCUCUUCCAUUAUGUUUAAAUACUCUAAAUCUGGCAUCAUAUAAGCUACUGAGACACAGAUCUUUCAUUCACCGUGUGUGUUUGUGUGUGUUGAAGCAGUCACAGCCGCUCUGUUUGCUAAGUCUUAGGUAUUUGUUUUCUAUUUCUGUUUCCUGCUCGGCUUCUCUGACUCUUGGUCUGAUGAUGUGUACUGCUAAACUAUACACUCUGCCUCUGGUUGGUCUAGUAUUGUGCCAUGACCUGUUUCUGUUUAAUAAUGUACAAACACAAAAAAGGCAAGAUUUCUGUAUUAGGAAGCACUGUGCGUUCAACAGUAUAGGUAACAGACAUAGAAGCACCACAAAUGUAUAAAAAAAAGAGAACUUCUUACCUCAUUGUUUUUUUGUUUCUGCUAUUAUUUUCUAAUGGUGGCAACGUGUGUGCCCUCUAAUUUGUCUCUUGCCUUGAUCGGAUGUCUACACAUAAAGCCUAUGUUGAUAGGAAAUUAUUUAUCACUGAAUAAAAAGAGAAAAAUGGGUGUGUGUGACUCUGA